GAAGAAAGAGAGAGAGAGAGAGAGAGAGGUACUGUCGACAGAGGAUUCUGAGAAAGUCCGAGGAAACCUCUCCGUCUCCUUUUCUCCUCCCGAAGGGAGACGGGCACUUGAUUCAUUCAUUUCCAACAUCAUAGGACCAUCAAGAAAACAUCAUAUAUUUUUGCUAAAUUCCAAAUCAUUCGUGCUCGUUCUUCUCUCUCACCCGAAUCUUCCAAUUCCAAUAUUCCUGGUAGGUUUCCAAUUCCCUCUUCGAUUCCUCCUCCUCCGUUUCCUGUUUCAAACAAAACCCACAAACCGAUUCCUUUUUUUGCAACCAAAAGGUUGCGUCUUUCGAUUGGAUUAAAGGGGUUUCGAUUGUUAGGAAUUUGGGGUCUGUUACCGAAGGAGAAACCUUUGAUGGGUUACGUGUGAUUUUCGAUUUCGUUUAUGUUUCAUGAGUGUUUGAUCCUAGGAUUUUUCGAUAGUUUUCGGUUCGGGGGUUUGUGAUUGAUUCAAUUGAGAAUUGCUGUAAUAAUUGAAGGGGAAUUUUGAGUGUUUUGGUGGUGUGGUUGCUCGGUCAGAUUUAUAUCCUUGAAUGUAUCUUGUCAUCACUGCGGUGGAGGAUCGGUUUCUGAGUGUGCCCGACUCGAUUCGGGGUGUUCUCAGGCCAUUUUACCUGCACAUUGAGCAAAAGCCCGUCUCGUUUUGUUUUCCGAGAGAUAGAUGGGAUAAGGAGUUCUUCAAGUUGCAGGGCGGAUAAUAACUUACUUGUCGAAUUUACGAAAGGUUCUGGCUUUGUUGGUUGUUUUGUUUCGAGGAAUUUGAGAUGGGUUCGACGCAAAGGUCUACCUUGCCUACUAAUGUGGCGGAAUUGGUUGAUGCUUCCCCAUCAAACGGCCAAGAGGUUUCGUACAUUGGUAGUAUGCCGGUUUAUGUUAGGGAGUUGAUUGCCGGUGGCGCUGCUGGGGGAUUCGCUAAAAGUGCGGUUGCGCCGCUGGAAAGGACCAAGAUACUCUUGCAGACAAGGACAGAGUUCCGCUCUCUCGGAGUGUGGCAAUCUCUGAAGAAGAUAUUCCAGCACGAAGGUGUUCGAGGAUUCUACAAAGGAAAUGGAGCAAGUGUUGCUCGAAUUAUUCCUUAUGCAGCCUUACAUUACAUGACAUAUGAGCAGUACAGGUGUUGGAUCUUGAAUAACUAUUCUGCUUUAGGAUCAGGGCCUCAUAUUGAUCUUUUAGCUGGUGCAGCAGCCGGAGGGACAGCAGUUUUAUGCACUUAUCCCUUGGACCUAGCUCGCACCAAACUUGCUUAUCAGGUUGUUAAUACCCGAGGAAACAUUAAUUAUGGCAUGAAAGGCACCCACCAUCAAAUUGCUUAUAAGGGCAUAAGGGAUGUGCUUUCAAGUGUUUACAAGGAGGGGGGCUUCCGUGGUCUCUAUCGAGGUGUAGGCCCAACACUCACCGGAAUACUCCCCUAUGCUGGUUUAAAGUUCUACAUAUAUGAAGAACUUAAACUGCAUGUUCCUGAAGAGUAUGAAAAGUCCAUUGUGAUGCGUCUUUCUUGUGGAGCUUUGGCUGGGUUAUUUGGGCAAACUCUAACAUAUCCGUUGGAUGUUGUUAGGAGGCAAAUGCAGGUCGAGAAUCUGCAUUCUUCAGAUCAAGGUGGUGUUAGGUACAGAAACACGAUGGACGGUCUUAAAUAUAUUAUCCGUAAUCAAGGAUGGAAAAAGUUGUUUUCCGGCCUAAGCGUUAACUAUAUCAAGAUUGUUCCUUCUGUGGCAAUUGGUUUUACUGCGUAUGACACGAUGAAGGGUUGGCUCCACAUUCCGCCCCAUCAGAAAGCCCAAUCAAUAACUAGUGCUGCAUAACCAGAAAUUCAGAAUGUGUAAGCUUACAAACUCCACCCAAUACUUGGAAUCUGGUGCUAAUACAAAUAUUGCGAUUUCAGAUUCAACCUCUUUGAUGAGUAGAAAUCGUCAAAUUGUACAGUUAUCACGGGCUUCUUUUUCGUCAAUGCUGAACUGAGAGUAUGUGUUUGUGAGCAUAUAUUCAAGCAAAUUUCUAUCUUGGCCAAUUUCUUACAUCCUUCUCUUUGACUUCCUUCAACCCAGUGGUCAAUGGUCAUCUACUGCACGGGAAGUACAAGGAAGAAGAGUAAGAUGAGCGUGGAUUCUAAAACUCAUCUGGAUUAUUGAUUUGCAUUUAAAAUUUAGCUUAACCUUGAUCAUAAUAUUAAAUUUAAUUACUGUAUUUCAAUAUCUACAUUCACCUCUUUCAGACCCUGCGUAAAGCGGGAGCCUUGUGCACUGGGUACGACAUUUUUACUGUAUUUCAAUAUCUGAUGCUCGUGUAGCUAUGUGGCCAUUAUGCUAUGAUGGGUUGUAUUUGAUUCAAGUGUUUCCGUGAUACCUUAUUUUGAUAGCCGAUAUUUUAAACUA